CCGGGUAACCGAAACGGAAAGCCAAUAUUAAAACCCAACAGCCCUUCCUCUUGCCAAAUGCGAUUAGAGUAGACGGACAGAAGCAUCUGAAAGAGGGCAGAAAAAGAAGCAGUAGCAGCAUUAAGGCGUUCGUUCUUUUCUGAACUUUUGGGUAUUGAAAAUGAGGGAAAUUUUGCAUGUUCAAGGUGGGCAAUGUGGAAACCAGAUCGGCGCCAAGUUCUGGGAAGUGAUAUGUGAUGAGCAUGGUAUUGAUCCGACUGGGCGAUACAGGGGAAAUGAGAGUGACAGUAAUCUUCAGUUGGAGAGGAUAAAUGUGUACUAUAAUGAGGCCAGUUGUGGGCGCUUUGUUCCCCGGGCUGUGCUCAUGGAUUUGGAGCCCGGAACCAUGGAUAGUGUACGUUCUGGACCAUAUGGGCAGAUCUUUAGGCCUGAUAACUUCGUAUUUGGGCAAUCUGGGGCUGGAAAUAACUGGGCUAAGGGACAUUAUACUGAGGGCGCUGAGCUUAUUGAUUCGGUUCUGGAUGUUGUCAGAAAGGAGGCUGAGAAUUGUGAUUGUUUGCAAGGGUUUCAAGUGUGCCACUCAUUAGGAGGAGGUACGGGAUCUGGAAUGGGCACCCUGCUGAUUUCGAAGAUCCGGGAGGAAUACCCAGAUAGAAUGAUGUUGACAUUUUCUGUGUUUCCCUCGCCCAAGGUUUCUGAUACAGUUGUGGAGCCCUAUAAUGCUACGUUAUCAGUCCAUCAAUUGGUGGAGAAUGCAGAUGAGUGCAUGGUUUUGGACAAUGAGGCGCUGUAUGAUAUCUGCUUCAGGACACUCAAGCUGACUACACCCAGUUUUGGUGAUUUGAACCACUUGAUAUCUGCAACCAUGAGUGGAGUUACAUGCUGUUUGAGGUUCCCUGGUCAGCUCAACUCAGAUCUCCGGAAGCUUGCUGUUAACCUUAUUCCUUUUCCACGUCUACACUUCUUCAUGGUGGGGUUUGCUCCCCUAACCUCCCGCGGCUCCCAGCAGUACAUAGCCUUGACAGUCCCGGAGCUCACACAGCAGAUGUGGGAUGCAAAAAACAUGAUGUGUGCUGCUGAUCCACGACAUGGCAGGUACCUUACGGCCUCUGCCAUGUUCAGAGGAAAGAUGAGCACCAAGGAAGUAGAUGAACAGAUGAUCAAUGUGCAGAACAAGAACUCUUCAUACUUUGUGGAGUGGAUCCCCAACAAUGUGAAGUCCAGUGUGUGUGAUAUCCCUCCUACAGGACUGAAAAUGGCUUCCACCUUUGUUGGGAACUCCACUUCCAUUCAGGAGAUGUUCAGGAGGGUCAGUGAGCAGUUCACUGCAAUGUUCAGGAGAAAGGCUUUCUUGCAUUGGUACACUGGUGAGGGCAUGGAUGAGAUGGAGUUUACUGAGGCAGAGAGCAACAUGAAUGAUCUGGUUUCUGAGUAUCAACAGUACCAAGAUGCAACUGCGGAUGAGGAUGCUUAUGAAGAAGAGGAAGAGGAGGGGGUUGCACAUGAAAAUAUGUGAUAGCUUUCUGUGCUUCUGCACUGCCUGCUCUCUGCAUUAGCUGUCAAAAAGUCUCUCUAUGUGGUUUCUCUAUCCUAUCUAAUUUUCAUAUUUGUUGGUAAAGUAAGAAAUUGGUCCAGUGCAUAGUAUAAGAGGGACGGUUAGCUGAACUGUAGAAAUAAGCUCCAGUGUCCUAUGUUUGCUUCACAAGAGCAAUAUUUGUGGCCAUGGCUACUGCUACUGUCAGGAGUAUGAGAUUGAAGAUGGGGUAUUUCCUGAUUAUAAAUGUUGCUACCGUAUUUUGUUAAAUAUCUGCAAGGUUUGUUCUAGAAUCUGUAAUUCUUUAAUGUUGAUGGCAAGCUAAAUAAUAUAUAUAUUUUUUGUAACA